AUGGGUCUAAAAGUGCAGCUUAGGAAUCUAUUUUGUAACUAUGAAAUGGUUGGUUCCUCAAUGCUUGGUCUGAUUCAAGUAGAGAGGUUUUAUUCCCCCCUGCAACGAGAACAGGAUGGAGCAGAAUAUGAUCAGGACGAGCAAUUGAUUCAAGAAAGGAUCAAUUUCGAAAAUGAAAUCCAUGAAAACCACGUUCCUCAGUUUAAAACAUCGGACGUCCAUCUUACCGGUCUGAAUGUUGAGCUUGUUGAUAAACAGCUUUGGGGAACCAGAAGACAAAAUCAAUCUGGAUCCGGAUGGUUAUUCUCUAGCGGAAUGAAUUCUACUAAUGAGCUUUCAAUCUCCAUUUCAAAUGCAAUCGUAAAAUCAUCAGCACAGAUAACGAGGAAGGUGUGCCCUGGAGAUGUACUGUGGAGCAUCGCCUCUAAUAUUCAUGGUGACUCAGCUACAUGGGAUGAAGCUGUUGCACUAAAUAUUUAUGCAAGAAAUCCUGAUAUUAUUUUUCCAAAUGAAUUGUUAGGUUCUCGAUCGAGUAGAGAAAAACGCAAUUUUUGGUGGACUAUUGAAGCUUUCCUUUUGGCUGAAACACGCAGAUUUGCUUUACAUCCGAUUCUUCGUGUUUGUUAA